AUGGGAGCUUCCUCCAACGACGGUUACUGCGCCUCCAACUAUGCGUCUUACUGCCAGAAUCGCAGAUUCUCGAAGGAAAUCCUCGACAACGUCCAUGGCACCAUCUACUUGGAGCCGCUUGCUCUGAAGUUCGUCGAUACUGAACAAUUUCAGAGGCUUCGGGAUCUCAAGCAACUUGGACUAACAAACAUGGUGUACCCUGGAGCGGUGCACACUCGGUUCGAGCACUCGUUAGGGGUGUACCAUUUGGCUGGAGAAGUAGCUUAUCGUCUCAGAGCUCAGCAGGAUCCGGAAUUUCCCAUUGAGGAUUUUGAUAUAAAGACUGUGAAGCUUGCUGGAUUAUUGCAUGAUAUCGGCCAUGGACCAUUCAGCCACACUUUUGAGCGUCAAUUUCUUCCUCUGUUUCUUAAUGGCGCCUCAUGGUCUCAUGAGGACAUGUCUAUCAGCAUGAUAGACUACAUUGUUGACAAGCACCACAUUGACAUUGAACCAGAAUGCCUAAAGAAAGCAAAGGAAAUGGUCGUUGCAAGUACUGAACAUGGUUCUCACAAUAGUCCCACUGGAAAGCAGUUUCUCUAUGACAUUGUUGCAAACGGCCGGAAUGGAGUAGAUGUUGACAAGUUUGACUACCUUAUUCGGGAUUCUUGGGCUUGUGGAGUUGGCUGUGGUUUUAUGUUUGCGAGGUUAAUGGAAUCCAUGAGGGUUUUGGGUGAUGAGAUUUGUUACCGUGCCAAAGACUAUAUCACGGUAUACAAGCUGUUUUCGACUCGAGCAGAAAUGCACCGCACAAUCUAUACACAUGCUAAAGUGAAGGGGAUAGAACUCAUGGCUGUUGAUGCCCUAACCAAAGCAAAUGAGGCCUUUGGAAUUGCUGACGCUGUUCAAAAUCCUGGAGAGUUUUGGAAGCUGGAUGACACAAUAUUGAAAAGAAUUGAAGUUGACGAAAGACCAGAACUCAAAGAGGCCCGAGAUUUGGUUCUACGCAUCAGGAGAAGAGAUCUAUACCAGUUCUGCAAUGAGUUUGCGGUUCCAAAGGAAAAUCUAGACCACUUCAAGGACGUCACUCCGCAGGACAUUAUAUGCUCCCAGAGAUCUAGUGAUGUUACACUCAAGGAAGAAGAUAUUGCUGUGAGCACUGUCAAGAUCGACUUAACCCGUGGAAGUUCCAAUCCUCUUGAGAGCGUCAAGUUUUUUCAGGACUAUGACAGCACGGACAGAUUCACGAUACCAGUGGAGCGCAUCAGUCACUUAGUCCCUGCUGUUUGUCAGGACAAGAUCGUGAGCGUGUACGCCAAGAAGCCUGAACUGGUGGAAGUAGUUUCUCAGGCCUUUGAGAACUUCCAGAUGACUACAUAUGGGGUGAAAGCAAUACUUGCCACUCCUGAGAAGAAGAAGAAGAACCGCAAAAGGUUAUUCCCAUACUGA